CCCUCCCUGGAGGUGGUGAUCCCAGGGGCAGGUGGAGUCAGUUUUAAGGAUCAGCAUCCAUGUGUUUAGUUCUCUUCUCAAUGUGAAAGGAAAGGUUUAAGUCAUAGAUCAGUACUGACGGGAGCUGCCAGGUGUCUGUGGUGAUCCCGGGUGUGAAUCCUCGGUUUUAUCAUCUGACUGGACCUUUGGAGGUAGCUGUGCUUCUGUUCUCCUAAGAUCACAGCUUGAGACCACAUCUGAGCUAGGAGGGUAAGACACGUUACACACAUCCUUUAUGGUCUGUUAUUAUAGAAAAAGGCUUGCGUUGUCUUGGAUUCAGAGCCUUCAUAUUAUUUAACAAAAUGUAGCAGGUGGAAAUGGCAAUGUAUUCUAAUUAUAUAUUUCAAGAGCAUAUUUGAAACUUGAUAAAAACACUUUGAGUUUUGAUACAAUGUUUAGUUAAUGUAUUGAGAAAAUAUAAGCUUUCAAUUAAAUAUGACCAUGUUUACCACUUGUACUAUGAAGGGGCUUAUCCACUAAAUUGGGAUAUGUGGAGAAUUGAACAGGGAACUGGCUAUUUUAGGCCUAAAUACUUGGGCUGAAAAAAAUAACUCAACUGAAAGUAUUACUCGUUUAAUAAUUUUGCUUCAAAAUUGCAAUUCCCAUCACAAUUCCCUAAAAUUGAAAUUUUAAUGUAUUAAUCGUACAUUCAUCUGGGAAAUGACUUUCUAUGUUGAGGGACUUGUCAUCCUACCUGUAUAACGUGUAAAAAAUAUGUGAUAGUCAUCGAAGAUGAUAACUUUCCCUAGUUCAAAGUUAUUCAGUCUGUUCUGUGUUAAAAAUGUGUUUGUUUGUAGCAUUGAUUACUUUAGACCUGAAGUAUGUCCUGAUGAGUAAUUGAUUUUAAUUGAGAAAAUUCCACGCUGAUUUUUAUACAAUUAAUCAUUGUAUUUAUUUAUACAGGCUUUUAAAAUACCGUUCUUACUAUUUUAUUGGCUUCUGUGUAGUUGUAAGUCAUCAUCCAUAUAUAGUCAGUAAGUAUGCCCUUGCAGUGGUACUCUCCUUUAUUUAAAUAAACUGGAAUUGUUUAGUUCACAGAUACAAUAAUUGUAAUUAAAAUAUCUUGCAUUAAGUUUGUGAUUAGAAACAGACUUACAGUUGGUGGAGAACUUUUGUUUCCAUUAAUUUAUUUUAACUAGAAGGACCGAGUUAGGGUUUACUUUUUAAAUAAAUCAUGGUGAUUUGAUGACAGAUUUUCACAUUUUCCUGUUUGAAUGUUUUGGCAUAAAAUGUGUGAUCUUCUUUUCAGUUCUUUUUAAUUUUUAGUUUAGUAAAUAAUCACCACAAAAUUGUCUUGGUUAUAAUUAAUUCUCAGAAAUAUUUCUACUUACUUUUUAAGAAUACAAAUUGUAACACAUGUAACCAAAUUGCUGGCACAUGUCAAAAUGUUCGAAAAACGUUCUUUUAUUCCAGGGUGCUUCAAACUGAUUUAUGACUGGUACUAUAAACACUUAUUGAACAAAGUAGUGAUGCAAUCGCCAUGGAAACCAACAGGAAGUUUCAAAUGAUAGCUUAACAUGUACUACUUAGCCCGACAAUUGCAUCACUUUACCCCAGAAACACAUUCCCUCCAUAGGAUCAUUAACAUUUAUUUAAUCUGUGAGAUAAGCAAGAUAGUGAUGGAAAGCCCAGUUAGUUAGUGAUAUGGAGGCCAAACUCCUGCUUUGACAAUUAAAAGUAGAGAGCGGAAUGUGACCCAGCUGUGGGGGGUUGAGUUAGGUUCUAUCUUUGGAUAUGUGCUAUCUGAGCAUUCUGUUUUGCUAUUUCUGGACAUGACUGAUCUCCUGUAACAGAUGCAGCUCCUGCUUGGCAUGUGAGGUAGGGAGGGGAGAAAAUUGAGGAAGAGCUGGCUGGGAGGUUGGGCUGGAAAGUUGAGAGCAGCUGAUUUCUGAUUUUGACAUGCAUGGAUAUUGAUAGUCUGAGCUCAAGUGGGCCUCAUAUGCUACUUCGUAAAAUAGGCACUGCUUGGAAAAGAAGACAAUACGGUACAACUCUACAUCGUUUCUUUCUAAAUUUACAACACAAAGGUACUAAGUGUUCUUUUUUCUCUAUCUGUUUGUUGGUAUAUUAUCAGUUUAUGCCAGUUAUUCUUCAUGAUUAUCACAAUUAUAUUAUUUCUUUUAAAUGUAUUACAGUGUAGGACAUUGGCCAUACCAAUGGUGUAUAAUGAAUAAAUAAAGUGGUAAAUAAAUGUAGGCAACAGACAGGCUCAAUCAUGGGUGUAGAAAGAGGGGAAGAUAAGGACGAUAUCUAGUCGAAAGGAUUAAAGGGGUGAGAUAAAUCAUGUUUUACUGGAGACGAAUGAGAAAAAUGAAACAUUUUUCAAAGGAGUUGUUUAAAUCCUCCAUUUUGCUUUUUAAACAAUUACAUUAACUAAACAGCGGAGGGGCCUGGGGUAAUGCAGUCAAGGAAAUUAAAAAGCUAAUAGCAUAUGUCAUGUAGUCUAAAAAGAGAAGACCAAAUAAAGCCAGAAAUGCACACAACGAAAAGCACAUUCAAACCAGAAAUGGUCUACAAUGUAAAUCCCUGCUUGACAAUCCUUGCAUACUGCAUAUGCAAUUAUAAUUGAUUUAACAUUUUUGGUCGUAACAUGUUUUGGUCAUGAACUGAAUUAUCAUUAUCAUGACUGCACUUUUCUGCACUUAGGAAAGUCAAUCUGUCACCUAGAUGCGAAGUUCACCUUCAUGUUGGUAUUCAUUUAAUUUAUCUAUUUUGUUGACAAAAUAACCAACAAACUGCCUCUUACACUUUCAAGAUGCAGUUCGUAAAAAAAUGGAAGGACAGUGUGUGCCUUUUCACAAUUCUUAAUGUGUGAAUGCACGCAAUGUGAUUUGAAAUGCUGUAAUAUCUCAAAAGUGUGCAGUUAAUGACAUAUUUGUUUGAUGCCAUUUUUGUAGUGUUUAUCGCUGUGCCAUUGGCAUACUAGUAAAUACUCAGAGCUUGUUUCUGUCUUUGUUGUUAUAUGGCACAGUAAGCUCUUGCUAUUAACAAUAGUCACUAACUAAUUACCUGAGUUUCUAAUCUUGUGGCAUUUUUUAGCAACUGACAGCCAGUAACAUCUGCUAAAAUGUUUUUGACCACUUGAAGAAUAGCUGCUUGCUGAUAAAGUACAGAAACAAACAUUGUUUAAUAGCAAUCACACUUUGCCUGAAGAAAAGGCUCACCCUGAGCGUGCGUACUUCACCCUGUGAGUAGCCUUGGCAGGAGAUAUAUUGGACAAUAUUGGAAACAAGCCUAGAGAAGAUACAAAGUUUGUCAUCUAUGCCAAUUCUAGUAAUUUGUCUAGAUAGUAUUUACAUUACAAUCUCAAAGGGACACUAUAGUCACCAGAACAACUACAGCUGAAAGGGAGUCUAUAGUGUAAGUGUUCUUCUUCUUCUUCGUGCCCCCCUCGCCCCACCCCAAGUUGGCAGCUAAAGGGUUAAAAAAAGCUUUAAUCACUUACACAAUUCCAGUGCCGAUAUAAUAAGGGGCUAAAGUGCAUUAGGCCCUCCCCAAAGGAAACUUCAGUGCUUUCCUAUGGGAAUUUUUAUUGACCCAAAUGUCCUCAUGCAGAGCGUGAGGACAUCCAGUGUCAGUUAGGUGACCAAAAAUCAUUUAGCCACCAGGAAGUGACUCUAAUGUCUCUUUGAUUAACCGCCACUAGAGGCAGUCUUAGUCCUGCAAUGUAAUUAUUGCAGUUUCUCAAAAAACUGCAAUGAUUUACAUUGCAGAACCUAGUUGGACUGGGACACUGCACCCAGACUACUUUAAUGAAAUGAUGUGGUCUGGGUGACUUUAGUGUACCUUUAAUGUAGUGGUACUGGUGUCUAUAGUCUGUUCCUGCAGGCUUUUCAAUGUAAACACUGCCUUUUCAGACAAUGAGUGCUUACGUUGGUGCCUAGUAACACUUCUAUUGGCAGUCACUCAGAGAGCCAGUAGAGGUACUUCCUGUGUUAGUGCUGCACAGUGUGCAGCACCUACAUUCAGUGUCUCCACACGCUGCAUGGAGGCACUGAACAAUCCCCACAUUUGAGUUAAUGCAUCUCCAUGAGCAGAUGCUGAUUGGUGCAGCAUGCCAUUUUGUCACGCAUACGCAAUAGCUUCCCAAUGCUUUCCUACGGGAAAGCAUUGAAUUGGGGAGUUCAUCAAGAUUGGGUGGAAACAUGAUAAAAUUCACUUGUACCCCCCAGUGAUCGGAGUUUGGCAGGCAACAAAAGCACCAGCACUGUAGUGUCAGAAAUUCAUGUUUGUGUUCCUAUCCUAAUUAAAUGAUGCAUUCACUUAAGUAUUUGUGGUUAAAGAUACACUCCACAUCAUAAAUAAAAAAAAAAACAACACCACUACUUAAUAGAUGUUUUAAUUAUGCAUUUUCUGGGGAUAUAUCCAGGGGCAUACCUAGAGAAUUUGGCACCCAGGGCAGACCAUGUGUUUUCCCCUACCCCCUCUCUCCCCUUUAAAAAUGUAAAAACACACCCACAUAUUUUUUCCAAUGUUUUCAAGAAUAUUUCCACACAUACAAACACUGCACCCACCCUACACAUCAAAUUUACACCCCCUUCAUAUAAAAACCCUGCACCCACUACACAGAGUUAAUUAAUUUAAAAAAACUCUGCAAUCCUCUUAAUUAAAAAAAUCCUGCACACCCCCAAUUAAAAAAAAAACAUGCACACCCCUUAAUAAAAAAACCUGCAAAGCCCCUUAAUUAAAAAAACCUGCACAAUCCCUUAAUUUAAAAAAACCUGCACACACCCUUAUUAAAAAAAACCUGCACACCCCCUUUAAUUAAAAAAAACCCUGUACAUCCUCCUUAAUUAAAAAAAAACCUGCACAGCCCCUUAAUAAAAAAAACCUGCACACCCCUUAACUAAAAAAGAACCAUGCACACCCCCUUAAUAAAACAAAACCCGCACCCCCUUAAUUAAAACAAAACUGCACACAACCCCAUAAUAAAAAACAAUGCACACCCCCUUAAUUAAAAAAACCUGCACAUCCCCCUUAAUUAAAAAAACCUGCACACCCUCUUAAUAAAAAAAAACCUGCACACCCCCUUAAUAAAAAAAACCUGCACACCCCUUAACUAAAAAAGAACCAUGCACACCCCCUUAAUAAAACAAAACCUGCACCCCCUUAAUUAAAACAAAACUGCACACACCCCCUUAAUAAAAAACAAUGCACACCCCCUUAAUUAAAAAAACCUGCACAUCCCCCUUAAUUAAAAAAAAACCUGCACACCCUCUUAAUAAAAAAAACCUGCACACCCUCUUAAUAAAAAAACCCCUGCACAGCCCCUAAAUUAAAAAAAAUCCUGCACACCCCCUAAUUAAAAAAAAUGCACACCCCCUUAAUAAAAAAAGAACCCUGCACACCCCCUUAAUUAAAAAACAACCCUGCAUAGUUCACUUAAUUAAAAAACCCUGCACACACCCUUAAUUAAAAAAAUGCACACCCCCUUAUUAAAAAAAUAGCUGCACUGCCCCUUAAUUAAAAAAAACCCUGUACAUCCCGCUUAAUAAAAAAAAAACCUGCACACACCCUUAAUAAAAAAAAAAACCUGCAGCACCCCCUUAAUUUAAAAAUAAACCCUGCACACCCCCUUAAUUAAAAAAACCCUGCACAUCCCCUAAAUUAAAAAAAAUCCUGCACACCCCCUAAUUAAAAAAAACAUGCACAGGGUCCAACUCCCGUGGCACUGAAGGGGGAGGAAGGGGUUAAGCCCUUAACUUUUUUCCGGCGCUGGGACUCUCCUCCUUCUUCUUCGUCAUCGGCUUAAUGCGCAUGCGCGGCAAGAGCCGCUCGCGCAUUCAGCCAAUCUCAUAGGAAAGCAUUCUCAAUGCUUUCCUAUGGACGCUGGCGUCUUCUCACUGUGAAAAUCACAGUGAGAAGCGCGGAAGCGCCUCUAGCGGCUGUUAAUGAGACAGCCACUAGAGCAGUGGUUCUCAAACCAGUCCUCAAGACCCACCAACAGUCCAGGUUUUGUUAGUAUCUCCACUGGAAUAAAACAGGGAAAUACAGAAAUCCUGGACUGUUGGUGGGUCAUGAGGACUGUUUUGAGAACCACUGCACUAGAGGCUGGAUUAACCCAUAGGUAAGCAUAGCAGUUUCUCUGAAACUGCUAUGUUUACUGCAAAAAGGGUUAACCCUAGCUGGACCUGGCACCCAGACCACUUCAUAAAGCUGAAGUGGUCUGGGUGCCUAUAGUGGUCCUUUAAUAAAAAAAACAAUGCACACCCCCCUUAAAGGACCACUCUAGGCACCCAGACCACUUCAGCUUAAUGAAGUGGUCUGGGUGCCAGGUCCAGCUAGGGUUAACCCUUUUUUUUAUAAACAUAGCAGUUUCAAAGAAACUGCUAUGUUUAUGAAUGGGUUAAGCCUUCCCCCAUUCCCUCUAGCGGCUGUCUCAUUGAUUUUCACAGUGAGAGCACGCCAGCGUCCAUAGGAAAGCAUUGAUAAUGCUUUCCUAUGCGACCAGCUGAAUGCACGCGCAGCUCUUGCCGCGCAUGCGCAUUCAGCCGACGGGGAGGAGAGAAGGAGGAUCGGAGGAGGAGAGCUCCCCGCCCAGCGCUGGAAAAAGGUAAGUUUUUACCCCUUUCCCCCUUCUAGAGUAUGUUUUCCUGGCACUAUAGUGGUCCUUUAAUUAAAAAAAAACAAAAAACUGCACAUCCCCCUUAAUUAAAAAUGAACCAUGCACACCCCACUUAAUUAAAAAAAAAAACUGCACAGCCCUCUUAAUUAAAAAGAACCUGCACACCCCUUAAUUAAAAAAAAAUCUGCACACUCCCUUAACUUAAAAAAAAACCUGCACACCCCUCUUACUUAAAAAAAAGCUGCACACCCCCUUAAUUAAAAAAAAUCCUGCACACCCCCUUAAUAAAAAAAAUAUGCACAACCGCCUUAAUAAAAAAACACUGCACACCCCCUUAAUUAAAAAAAGCUGCACAUCCCUUAAUUAAAAACCCCUGCACACCUCUAAUUAAAAAAAACAUGCACACCCCUUUAAUAAAAAAAGAACCCUGCACAUCCCCCUUAAUUAAAAAAGAACCAUGCACACCCCACUUAAUUAAAAAAAACCUGCACAGACCCUUAAUUAACAAAAACCUGCACACCCCCUUAUUUAAAAAAAUCUGCACACUCCCUUAAUUUAAAAAAAAAACCUCCACACCCCCUUAAUUAAAAAAAAAAAAAUUCUGCACACCCCCCCUUAAUAAAAAAAACCUGCACACCCUCUUACUUAAAAAAGCCUGCACACCCCUUAAUUAAAAAAAAAAUCCUGCACACCCCCCCCUGUACACCCCCCCUUAAUAAAAAAAGGCGGACAGGCAGGAGCGUCACUCGUCGGUGCGACGUUGCAAAGCUCCUACCUUGCUCCUCCAUAUUACUGCAGUCAGUGCAGUAUAGUGUGGCCGGGCACAGAUGCGGCCGCAAAGGCACGAAUUGAUGGGGGUGACUUAUGAUACUGUCAGUCAAGGCCCUGGGGAGAUAGCGCAGCUAAGCGGACAAGGGCACAUGUAGGAGUGUGGGGAUAGAUGCAUGGGAUUGGUUGGGAAAGAGUGUGUGGGUGGGAUUAUGUUCUGUGUAAGCUAGUGUGGGGGAGGUCUUACCUCAGUGCCACUUGGGAUUCGGGCCAGCAAACAGCUUCCAUCCCGCCCGCCCUCUUAGUAUAUUUAGUCACAGCUAGCCGUGGGUAUGUCCUUACCAAUUGAGUUUGAGGGGUUACGUUUAAGUAUAUGGAAUGAGAUGAACAUGUUUUUAAGGUCUCAACCUCCCCUGCUUCAAACGGUUAACAUUAGGUUGCCUGAGGUGUCGUGCCCAUCGAGCGUGGAUAAGGUCGGCUGAUGGCAGGCAUUGGAAAGAUAUGAUUUUUAUGACGGGGGGGAGGUGAGAGGAAGUGGGAAUUAGGAACCACUGUAUGUUUAUUGGCAAGGACGGUUGGUUCACUGUAUACCACUACAUGUGGAGUUAUAUAUGUAUAUAUGUUAAUUAAUGCUUAUUUAUGUCUAACAUUUUUGGUUACAGAAAAAGAAGAGAUUUAAUAAAUAAAGUUAUGGAUGUGUUAUGCAGUAAUUUAGUUUGUGAUAAUAAAUGCUGUGGCCUGUUUCAUCCAUACUAAGUGGUCUGUCGUUAUUGGGGGGUUGAAUGGGGUUAGUUUUUGUUCUAGGCUGCAUCCCGAUUCCCCACUACGUACAUACAUGGCACUCCCCUAGUGAGUGGCACCCGGGGUGGGCCACCACCCCUUUAGUACACCACUGGAUAUAUCUAAAAACUGUUUGCAAAAGCUGCAGUUCUCUUGUCUGCUGCCUUUCCAAACCCUCCCCUUCUAACCCCGUCUAGAUUUCUUGUGGCUGUCCAAUCACAGACUUCCCAAUAAUUGAUGCCUCUUGAGUUUAGCCCCACCGUGGAAACAAUGUGGAAGAAACUAAAUAGUUUAUACAAUAUUUUUUUGAAAUCUACUCUUUUUGUAAAAUGAAAAAAGAGGCGCCCUCCUCACACAUAAAGCAUUUCAAGAAGCUAAUGUGCUUUAAUGGCCCCUUUAGGUCUUUUUACACCGCCUCUUAAAAUGGCAAACAACGUGCUAUAACAAAACCUCUAACCUUCACAUCCCCAAUCCAAAAUACAUUUCUUACUGCUGAUAUUGUCAAAGACCAAUUUUAACCAUUGGCAAGUCAUCUGCUAUAAUUGUUACAAACUAGAAGGUCCCCUUUCGCAAUCCUUCAAUUUGCCUUAAACUAUUUUUAAUUUGUUAAAUGAGGAAGCAUUAGCCUGAGCAGCAAUGGGUGGCUGUGAUUGACUAAUAGAUUCACAUGACUUCUGUCAGCCUGUCACAUUGCCCAUUGCUCAUAGGGAUUGAUGUGACUAGAAAUAAGUAUGUAAUCUUUGCCUCAGCCAUACUCUAGUUUAGUGCUAAACUGCUCAGAAAUAGUUUCACAUUAAAUGGAGGAACAGUGGCAGAUGACUCGUGGCCCUAUAACCAAUUAAAUGAGAAGAAAUGGCUAUAGUGCCUAUAGUGUCCCUUUAAGACCUCCUGCAUGAAGGGAACCAAUCCAAGGACAAAUAAAUAAUUAUAGUUAGAGGAAUGUGAGUCAUGAGAUAGCGCAGCAAGAUGUUCCAGCAGUAAUGCAAAAAAUCAAACAUACAAAAAGAACUGUGGUCUUCAGUGCCCAUACCACAAAAUUUUUACCUGGUCACAGUUGGCUCUUGCUAUUUUUUCAGGGAUUCUCAUCAGCUGUAAUGUUUUUGUGCACAAUAAACCUGAAUGUGCUUCCUAACUGCGUCUCCUGUUGUCCCCACCACUAAAUCUGGAACUUUACAGAGCACAUUACAGCUGAUUAUGUCAUUGAGACCAGGUGAAGAAAAGAAUGAAGAAUGGCAGGUGUCACCCUUUUGUGAACUGUAAAACAAGCAUAACAAUGUAUACUUAUGGCUCUCAGUCAGGUGUAUUUAUAUAAUAUGAUGUCGUCUUUGGGGAACAUAAUUUGUCUAGUUUUUCACAUUAAGGAUGUAGUUAUUUCUAAGUACUGUAUACAAAUGUACAAUAUGUAUUCUUGAUUAAGAAUUGAAAUAUGUAAUAUGAAGUUAAAUAUUUCCUGAAUACAAUAUUGGAAUGAAUUUACUAGACGUUAUAAACUCUCAUAAUUCUUUUAAGCACAAAAAGUUUUUUGUGACACAGGUUUUCUGUUGUGCAAUGUGAGCAUACAUAUUUUGCUCUUACACAACACUGUCUUUUUGUGUUAAAUGAUUCUAGUAAAGUUGUACAGCAUGGCAAGUAAGUGUUGUUAAGGAUUGGUACAGUACCCAUUGGUACUAUAUAUAUAUAUAUAUAUAUAUAUAUAUAUAUAUAUAUAUAUAUAUAUAUAUAUAUAUAUAUAUAUAUAUAUAUAUAUAUAUAUAUAUAUAAAAGAAAAAUAGAAAAGUCCUUGCACUCACGCUUGCAUGAUUUGGUAACCGGGUGCUUGUAAUCCAGGAAAAUUCAAAUAGUGAUCAGCACUCUCGGAUUUUCAAGAAUUAAAAAAAUAACAAUUUAUUGAGUAUCCAUUAAAAGAUCAAGGUUUCAGUCCCAGCAGUGACUUUCAUCAGGAUCAGACAUAAACAGUAUCAGUAUCUAUAUUUUGUGUCCUACACCCCCUUAGUGUAUCUUAUUCCCCAUUUUCACAUUUGUGUGUCCUACUCCCUAUUAUGAGUCUCUUAAAAUCCCCAUGAAUAUAAAUCAGAAUGUCUGCAAGAAGAGAAGAAAUGUAAACUGGCCAAGGUCAAGGAUAACAUGGAAACACGGAAACGAGAAACAAGCCAAUGUCAGUAUCAGAGAGCAAGUAUAGUCAGGCAAGCCAAAGUCAAAACAAAAACACACUCUCUGGAAAACUAAAACCACAAAAGGGCAAGGAAAUAAGGACAACCAGGACAGAUAUAUACCCUAUACCAUUACCCUAUACUGGGUUAUGAUUGGUUACAGAGAACUAUGAUGUCAAAAAGUGCCACGUAGACUGACAUUAUAAAAAGGGACUAACAAUAGGGUUCAAUAUCAUAUAUGAUCUAAUGAGGAACUAGAAAGUUAGGGAUGAGUGCAUGUGCAUCAGAACACAGAAGAGACAUGAUCACACAGGGCCCUGAGGGACAGGUUUCGUGACAAUUCCCUGUGUGUAUCUUUUUCUCUUCUGCCCCUUUGUGUGUCUCUUACUUACCCUUGCCCCUUUGUGUGUCUCUUCCCCCAGUCAGUCUGUCUCUCUUUCUACCCCCAAGUCACUCUGUGUGUCUUUGACCCCAGACACUUUUCUGUGUCUUUUCCCUCCCAGCCUAUUUUGUGAUCUCUUCCUCCUCUCCCCUACUGCACUAACCUCUAUUUUGUAGCAUGGCCACACAGAUCACAGUAGAGGAUCUUCUGUAUCCUCUACCUGAUUUGACAGGAAGCGGUUUGUUCCUCACAGUGAACCUCUAUGUUUUCUGUGCAUUUCAAACAGUAUUUCUCUAUAACUGCUUUUGUUGUAUUUUUUUCUUUUCCAAUGGGUGACAUAUAUUAUUUGAUUGCAAAACAAGUUAGUAAUGAAGAUUUUAUUUAAAUAAAUACUGUAUUGAUUGAAUUUUUUCCUGAGCCCUGGGAAAGGGGGUGACGGGAUAGGCUAGAGAGGAGAGUUAGAGAUAUUCUUUCAGUUAUUUUUCAGCUAUUUUAAUCUUAGAUUUCAAAUUAACUUUGGAUUCACACUUUAGUUAAUAAGGCCUGCAUGUUUAUUAUAUUAGGCCAAUAGAUUACUAAUUUGAUAGAUAUAGCGUAAGUGAAAACUGUUAAUAAGAUUCGAAAUUUUCAGAUAAGCAAUGUCCCCUUACUCCAUCUUCAUUUUGGGCAUAAUUGAAAUAAAGCAAAUGAACUUUUCUUUCAAUAGUAAAUUUAGCUUGCACUUUAACAUUUCAGUCAAGGAUAUUGACUGGGUUCUCAAUUUUAGUGAAUGAAAUCUAAAUUGCAAAGAUGAGGCUCAAAUAGCUUAAUUGGAAAACAUCUUCCUACUCAGCUAUACUCACAAUACAGCUAUUUCUGCCUCAGUUUUGUGGUUUGCAUUUGUUAACAUUUGGAGGUUAGUAAUUAACCCUAAAUAAAAAAUCCUUAUCCCUAAAUCAUUUCAGCAUUCCGAAGUGCUUUAUGUGUGAAAAGUAUGCCCUCUUUUUUAAUUUUACAAAAAGUGCAGAUUUCAAGAGAAAUUGGCACUUUAAUGAAUUAACCUUAUUAAACUACCCUCAUUGUCAAUCAGACAUCCAGUCCUGUUACUUCCUGGUUUGGUUAGCUCAAUGAAGCUAAACUCAAGAGGCAGCAUUUUGUGCAAAGACUUCUCAUUGAGCUGCUUUGUCAAGUCUGUGAUUGGAUAGCCACAGAAAGUCUCUACUUGGUAAGGGAAGGGUUUACAAAGGCUGCAGACAAGAGCUGUCUUUAGAAUACCCUCAGAGAAAAUAAUUAAAUGCAUGCAUGUUUGCACCUGGGGCAGCUGCGAAAUUAUAGCCGAUUUAGCGGGUAUGGCUGCAGCAGGGCCUGCUGAGAGGGCCCAUGCAGGUUGAGCCAUCUGGUGGCAAGUUGUUUUCAGGGCCAGACAUUCACUGCGGCCCUGUAACAGUAUGACAAGGCUUCUGUAAUUUUGACAACAUGGGAGAAACGGACAGCGGUCACUGCCUCCCAGAUAACACAGAGCUGUGUGGAAGGGAAGAAAAGGCAGAGAUGAGAGGGUGCGGAUUGGGAGGGCCUCUGACUCCUAACAGCCUCAGCCAGCUGACUGGAUACCAGGGAAGCCACCCCCCUGCACCCAAAUGUAGAAAACAGGAGGGUGGCUUAGAAUGUCUACAUUUUGCAUGUAUGUAUGUAUGUAUGUAUAUAUGUCUGUGUAUCUAUCUUUGUGUUUAUAUGUGUGCCUGUGUAUCUCUCUGUAUAUUUGUAUCUAUGUGUCUGUAUGUGUGUCAGUGUGUAUCUUUAUAUCUAUCUGUGUGUCUGUAUGCUUGUCAGUGUAUCUAUCUGAGUCUAUAUGUGUAUCUAUGUAUAUAUGUGUAUCUUUGUGUCAAUGUUUGCCCAUGUGUAUCGCUGUGUAUUUGUGUGUCAGUGUCUGUAUCUGUAUGUCUGUGCAUCUGCAUGUUUGUCAUUGUGUGUGUUUGUGUAUCAGCAUGAGUGUCAGCGUGUGUGUCUGUAUCUGUGUAUCUGUAUGUGUAUUAGGGUGUGUGUUUGUGUAUUUGUAUGUGUGUUAGUGUGUGUCUGUGUAUCUACAUGUGUGUCAGCGUGUGUGUGUCUGUGUAUUUGCAUGUGUGUUAGUUUGUGAAUGUGUAUCUGCAUGUCUGUACCUGAAUAUCUGUAUGUGUGUUAGUAUUUGCAUCUGUAUGUUUGUUAGAGUGUGUGCCAAGUACAACCCUGCAAGGAUGGGCAAUUGCUAAAUCCCCAGCUGGCAAGUUGUAGAACAGACAGGGAUCUACCUUUUUGUCUAUACUUGCAAUAGACCCCAAAAAAAUAUCUUGCACCAGGGCCAUUUCUACUUUAGUUCCACCACUGACUGUGCUAAACAAGCAUUCUUUAUUUAUUUUAUAUUUUUUUUAGCAGUUGAAUGUCCCUUUAACAUUGCUUUUCUCUUGUGAAUCUUUGAAUGAAAGCUGACUUACCCUGCUAUGACAUAUUAAUGGUAAUGUAAUAUGCUAGCUGACAGCUGACGCGGAGAUGGAUGUACUGUACAUCACCUGCUGAUGCAGCUAUGGAAAAGGUAUUAAGAUAUCCUUAUGUAUCUCUCCAUAAAUGGGAGCUGCACAACAGAAAAUAUCCCUUUAAAAUAAUAAAUCUUUCAAAGGCAUAUGAUUUAUAGGUCACCUCAAUCUCUUCUCUUUCAGAUUUUUUUCUUCUUUUCUUUAUUUCUGAUCGUUUAACAUAAGAAAAAGUAAGGACUACUUUGUCUUAUAUAUUUUUCCAAUGCUUGACUAUCUUGACAAAGGGUGGAGGUGAAGAUGAGCUUCGCAAACUUAACAAAAUUAGUGGAGCUUGCCUUGUCAAGAUUGUCAAGCAUAGGAAAAGAACAUAAGACAAAGUAGCCCCUAGAAAUUUGGAAUUCUGCCCAAAAAUGGUGCAUCAAUAUAAAUAUGGUCUGUGGAGGAGAGGCAGUUCUAGUGGAUGUGGAAAUCGAUACCCUUCAGAAGCCAUUUCUCUCUUUCCCUGGUAUUUCAAAGACCUAUUAUAUAAACACAUUAUUUACUACAGCAAAUAAGCACUAAUCUCUUUACUUCUCUCUCCUGGGAUAAAGGAAGGUAAUCAAAGUGGAGUGGAAAAAAAUAUAUUAUAUAAAAUAUUGUCGUGGAACCCUUUAAUGUUCAAGCUGGUAAAUUUUUGAGAUUUUACACACAGCACUUGAUGAAUGAGUGUUUACUACUACUUAAUACUAUUUAAUUUAAUGAAAGCUAGCUGUACUAAUGGAUUUAUUAUGUAAUUCACUAACAGUAGUAAUUCAGUCAUUAAAUGUAGUAAAUGAAUAAUUUAUUGUGUAAUUCAGUAGCAGCUGUAGGAAUUAAAUGGAAUUUAUGUGGUAAACUAAAUUAAAAUGAACUAUAUUAGAGCUGUUCUUAUUAGUGACAGGGUUUGUGGUGCAGUGCUCAGAUACUGGCUGCCAUUUUGACUUUGUUUUGAAAUGAAAGUCAAAAUGAUUAAGGAUUAGAAAAAAAGUAAAUCCUUUUUUUUUAUGGGCAUAUAUUUUUUCCCCCAAAAGUUUUUAUUGGUAGCAUAGAAGCAAAGUAAUAUUGUAUGCUACAUUUUUAGAAAAUUGUUUUUAAUUUUUAGUAAUUAUAAUAAAGCUCUUUAUAAACACUAUUUUAUUAAUUUUACAUUAAUGAACAGAUGUCUGUGCUAUACAUAACCUACAUAGCCACACCUAGACCAACUAUAUCCAUGUUCAGCAUAGUAAUAUAAGAAAUAAUAUAUUCUCUUUAAGUCUUUUCAUAAUCAUGUUUCAAAUACUACAUUAAUGUAAAGCAAUGUACAGUAUUACACAUGCCAUCAUGCAUUGUAUUUCUUUAAUUCAUUUUAUUGCCUGGUUGAGGAGAGAAAUUAACUUUUACCAUGCAUUUUUAAAUACAUUUAAACAAAAAGAUGUUGUUUUGUUUUGGGAUUGGAGACUUCCCUCCCUGUUGCUCUUAGCUGAGAGCAGGAACCAGUAUAUCCUAAAAAAGGUCAAAAUUAUUUCUCAUUCUUUGCCCUUUCACCAUAUUUCUUACUUUACUUCAUGGGUGCCCUAAGAUGGAUAGCUGGCCAUCUCCUGGGCCCCCUGUGACUGACCUUCUGGCAGGUGUUCCUUGGAGCAGCAAAAACCUGUGUGCAAAUUCUUAGCAUGCGUGCACUCCCUCAAAAAGGUGUGAGUAAAAGAAAGGGGCUUAGGGAGGCUGAAACCUCCUUAGAUGAGAGGCGUGCCUAGUAAUGCAAUCUGACCUGAUCUGUUUAUUGUAAAUUUAUAAAUACUUAUUACAUGCUUUUCAAAAUUUUCCUUUCAUUUUGGUUUAAAAAAUAAUAGUCAGGUAAUGCAUAUAUCUUUAAGACCUGUAAAUAUAUUUACAAUUUUCUAUGUGCUUUAACUGGACAUAAUUUAAAGCUAGUCUUUAAUAUAGACCAUUAUUCAUCUACAAGAUAUCACCAGAUAUUUGAUUAAGAUGUAAGAUUUAAAGAUAAUAAUAGUUUGUAAAGUUGUGAAUUUUUUUUGUUUAUUUUUACAGAACGAUCUUGGCUGUGAUUUUAUAAUCACAUUAUAAGCAUGGCACCAAAGAAGAAGAGUGUCAAGAAGAACAAGACUGACAUCAAUGAAAUGACUAUCAUUGUUGAAGAUGGUCCUCUCAGUAAACUCAAUGGUAUUAGUGGCUUCAUUGAUGGUGGAAAUGGCUUUAGUUACAUCUCGACUGAGGUUUCUGACUCUUCCUAUGGUAUUAACCUAAUGGAAGGGCUGAGCAGAAUGAGGCAAGAUAGUUUCCUUUGCGACCUAACCAUUGGCACCAAAACAAAAUCUUUUAUGACUCACAGAGUAAUUAUGGCUUCCUGUAGUGAAUACUUCUAUAAUAUCUUGAAGAAAGACCCAGCAACACAAAGAGUUGAUCUCAAUGAUUUGUCGCCUUUAGGCUUAGCUACUGUCAUAACAUAUGCUUACACUGGAAAGAUCACCCUCUCUUUAUACACGAUAGGCAGCAUCAUUUCUUCUGCAAUUUACCUGCAGAUAAAUGCGCUUAUUAACAUGUGUUGUGACUUUCUGAUGCAAGAAAUUAAUGUUGAGAAUUGCAUGUAUGUGGCUAAUAUUGCAGAAACCUAUGGACUUAAAAGUACAAAAGAGUCAGCACAGAAAUUCAUCAGAGACAAUUUUAUCGAGUUCUCUGAUACAGAUCAAUUCUCAAAGCUAACCUUCGAUCAAAUUAAUGAACUUUUGAUAGAUGAUGAUUUGCAGUUACCCUCUGAAAUCGUUGCUUUCCAGAUAGCAAUGAAGUGGUUAGACUUUGAUGAAAAGAGAAUAAAAUAUGCUUCCGGUCUCUUAAGCAAUAUUCGAUUUGGCACCAUUUCAGCCCAAGACUUGGUCAACUAUGUCCAGUCUGUGCCCAGAAUGAUGCAAGAUACAGAAUGCCAUAGGCUUUUAGUAGAAGCUAUGAACUAUCAUCUCCUUCCAUAUCAUCAAAACACACUGCAGUCUAGAAGAACAAAGAUACGUGGAGGUUCAAGGGUCUUAGUAACUGUUGGAGGUCGUCCAGCUUUAACUGAGAAAUCACUCAGCAGGGAAAUCAUGUACAGAGACCCUGAUAGUGGCUGGAAAAGGCUAGCUGAGCUGCCGGCAAAAAGCUUUAAUCAGUGCGUAACUGUGAUGGAUGGAUUUCUCUACAUUGCUGGUGGUGAAGACCAGAAUGAUGCAAGGAACCAGGCCAAACAUGCUGUCAGCAAUUUUUGCAGGUACUGUGUAUAGUUGAAAAUAUGAAAAGUUUAUCACAGGCUCAAAAAAAUCUAUAUCAUUGCAUUGUGAAAUAUGUUUUACAAUAAAUAUCUGUAUGUUGAUAACUUUACUUGAGGUUGUCUAACUAAUUACAUAUAUAGGGAUUUAAACAAUACUAAGGGGCUUCCAUUUACAAAGUGAUAUGUCAGUAGGUGAGAGAUAUAGAUACCAUUUCUGAUAAGACAGUGGGACUCUUCUUUUGAGUCUUAGAUGUUGUAGGGAAAUAGGACAUGUGCGUAGGUAGAGGGUAUUGUAUAUCGGCAUAUCAAAAUGGGAACCACUUUACUGACCCCCCCACCGAUCCCUUUACUUCCCGAAAUAACCAAACCACAAACUUACUUGGUGAAACUAGGCCACAGCUUUAUUUUAUAUAAAUAUAUAUAUAUAUAUAUAUAUAUAUAUAUAUAUAUAUACACUGCUCAAAAAAAUAAAGGGAACACUUAAACAACACAAUGUAACUCCAAGUCAAUCACACUUCUGUGAAAUCAAACUGUCCACUUAGGAAGCAACACUUAGUGACAAUCAAUUUCAGAUGCUGUUGUGCAAAUGGGAUAGACAACAGGUGGUAAUUAUAGGCAAUUAACAAGACACCCCCAAUAAAGGAGUGGUUCUGCAGGUGGUGACCACAGACCACUUCUCAGUUCCUAUGCUUCCUGGCUGAUGUUUUGGUCACUUUUGAAUGCUGGCGGCGCUUUCACUCUAGUGGUAGCAUGAGACGGAAUCUACAACCCACACAAGUGGCUCAGGUAGUGCAGCUCAUCCAGGAUGGCGCAUCAAUGCGAGCUGUGGCAAGAAGGUUUGCUGUGUCUGUCAGUGUAGUGUACAGAGCAUGGAGGCGCUACCAGGAGACAGGCCAGUACAUCAGGAGACGUGGAGGAGGCUGUAGGAGGACAACAACCCAGCAGCAGGACCGCUACCUCCGCCAUUGUGCAAGGAGGAACAGGAGAAGCACUGCCAGAGCCCUGCAAAAUGACCUCCAUGUCUCUGCUCAAACGGUCAGAAACAGACUCCAUGAGGGUGGUAUGAGGGCCCGACAUCCACAGGUGGGGGUUGUGCUUACAGCCCAACACCGUGCAGGACGUUUGGCAUUUGCCAGAGGACACCAAGAUUGUCAAAUUCGCCACUGGCGCCCUCUGCUCUUCACAGAUGAAAGCAGGUUCACACUGAGCACAUGUGACAGAGUCUGGAGACGCCGUUAAAAACAUUCUGCUGCCUGAAACGACCUCCUGCAUGACUGGUUUGGCAGUGGGUCAGUAAUGGUGUGGGGUAGCAUUUCUUUGGGGGGCUGCACAGCCCUCUGUGUGCUCGCCGGAGGUAGCCUGACUGCCAUUAGGUACCGUGAUGAGAUCCUCAGACCUCUUGUGAGACCAUAUGCUGGUGCGGUUGGCCCUGGGUUCCUCCUAAUGCUAGACCUCAUUUGGCUGGAGUGUGUCAGCAGUUCCUGCAAGAUGAUGGCAUUGAUGCUAUGGACUGGCCUGCCCGUUCCCCAGACCUGAAUCCUAUUGAGCACAUCUGGGACAUCAUGUCUCGCUCCAUCCACCAACGUCACGUUGCACCACAGACUGUCCAGGAGUAGUCCAGGGAGGUCAUACAGGCACGUGGAGGCUACACGCUCUAUAGAGCCCAGGGCCGGACUGGCCCACCGGGAUGCCAGGAAAUUUCCUGGUGGGCCGCGGCACCUGGGGCCGGUCUGACAGCCCUGAUCAUUGGGCUGACAGCUCCUGUGCAGCCCUGUUAUCCCGGCCGGCUAUGUGUGAGCUGUGCGGCCGCACAGAGCCCCAUGGGAGCAGGGGGAGCCAGGCGGCCGGCACAGCUCACACAUGGCCGGCCGGGAUGAGAAAAAUAAAAAUAAAUUUGUGGCGGGGGCGGGGCUUACUUGCGGCGGGGGCGAAGCUAGCGUGUGGCGGGGGCCUGGCUGACUGCAGCAUGGGAAGCAGGAAGGAGUUCCUGCCUCCCCAACAACCAGCCACCAGGCGCUCCAAGCAGGAGGGAAGAAGCAGGUCAGUGUGUGAGUGUGUGACUGUCUGUGUGAGUUUGUGACUGUCUGUGUGUGUGACUGUCUGUGUGUGACUGUGUGUGACUGUCUGUGUGAGUGUGUGACUGUCUGUGUGAGUGUGUGACUGUGUGUGACUGUGUGAGUGUGUGACCGUCUGUGUGUGACUGCCUGUGUGUGACUGCCUGUGAGUGUGUGACUGUCUGUGUGAGUGUGUGACUGUCUGUGUGUGACUGUCUGUGUGAGUGUGUGACUGUCUGUGUGUGUGUGUGACUGUGACUGUGUGUGCUGACUGUGUGUGAGUGACUGUGUGAGUGUGUGACUGUCUGUGUGUGACUGUGCGUGACCGUCUGUGUGUGACCGUCUGUGUGAGUGUGUGACUGUGUGUGACUCUGUGUGUGUGACUGUCUGUGUGGGUGUGUGUGACUGUCUGUGUGUGACUGUGUGUGUGACGUCUGUGUGAGUGUGUGUGUGACUGUCUGUGUGACUGUGUGGAGUGUGUGACUGUCUGUGUGAGACUGUCUGUGUGUGACUGUCUGUGUGUGUGCGUCUGCCUGUGUGUGUGUGUGUGUGUGUGUGUGUGUGACUGUCUGCCUGUGUGCGCGGGACUGUCUGCCUGUGUGUGACUGUCUGUGUGUGUGUGUGUGUGACUGUCUGCCCGUGUGUGCGGACUGUCUGUGUGUGUGUGUGUGUGUGUGUGUGUGUGUGACUGUCUGCCUGUGUGUGUGAGUGUGUGGCUGUCUGCCUGUCUUUGUAUGUGUGGGUGUUUGCCUCGGUGUUAGUGACUGUCUGCCGGUGUGUGUGUGUGUGUGUGGCUGUCUGCCUGGGUGUCAGUGACUGUCUGCCUGUGUGUGGCUGUCUGCCUGGGUGUCAGUGACUGCCUGCCUCUGUGUGUGUGUGUGUGUGCGCAUCUGCUAGUGAGGGAGCCUCUGGGUGUGUGUGUGCCUGCUAGUGAGUUUGUGUGUGUGUGUGUGUGUGUGUGCCUGCUAGUGAGUGAGCUUGUAUGUGUGUCAGUGAGCUUGUCUGUAGGGAUCAUAUGUGUGUGUGUUAGUGAGCUUGUCUGUAAGGAGCAUGGGUGUGUCGGAGUCUGUCGGUGGUGAGCAUGUGUGUACAGUGAGCUUGUCUGUAGUAAGCAUGAGUGUGACCGUGAGCUUGUCUGUAGUGACCAUAUGUGUGUCAGUGAGCUUGUCUGUAGUGAGCAUGUCUGUAGUGAAUCUGUGUGUUAAUGAGCUCUUCUGUAGGGAGCAUGUGUGUGUCAAUGGGCUUGUCUGUAGGGAGAGUGUGUGCGCAUCAGUGAGCUUGUCUGUAGUGAGCGUGUGUGUGACAGUGAGCUUGUCUAUAGUAAGCUUGUGUGUGUGUAUCAGAGUUUGUCUGUACUAAAGUUGUGUGUGUGCCAGUAACCUUGUCUGUGUGUGUCAUUGUCUAUCAAUGAGCCUAUUUGUGUGCAUCAGUAAGAUUGUCUGUCUGUGUGUGAGUAUGCUUUACUGUAUAAUUUAAUUACCCUAAAAGAACUAAUGUUUUGAAUUAGAAGAAGAAAUGUAUCAAUAAAAUUUUUUUUUUUUUAAAUGUGUAUAUAUAUAUAUAUAUACUGUUGCAUCACCAGGGCUCCAGUAUCCAGUAUAUAUAUAGGCAAUUGAAAUAGUUGGCUGCACUCUCAGAUUUCCUUAAAAUUUUACUUUUAUUGAAAUAUUUAAGAGAAGAGCAACGUUUCAGUCCCUCUUGUGGACUUGCAUCAGGAUCAUGACGAAAGUCCACAAGAGGGACUGAAACAUUGAUCUUCUCAAUAAAAAGUUACAUUUUCAGGAAAUCCGAGAGUGCAGCCAACUAUUUCAAUUGCCUAUAUAUAUUUAUAUAUAUAUAUAUAUAUAAAAACACCCUACAGAGCACAAUGACUUAUGGGGCUGGCAUAGAUUUUUUUCCAGGGCUGCUUCGUAUCCCCAGUCCGGCUCUGACAGAGCCUCAUUUUGACUUAUUUUAAGGACAUUACAUCAAAGUUGGAUCAGCCUGUAGUGUGUUUUUCUACUUUAAUUUUGAGUGUGACUCCAAAUCCAGACCUCCAUGGGUUGAAAAAUGUGAUUUCCAUUUUUUUAUUUUUGUGUGAGUUUGUUGUCAGCUCAUUCAACUAUGUAAAGAACAAAGUAUUUCAGAAGAAUAUUUAAUUUUUUUCAGAUCUAGGAUGUGUUAUUUUUGUGUUCCCCUUAUUUUUUUGAGCAGUAUAUAUAUAUAUAUAUAUAUAUAUAUAUAUAUAUAUAUAUUCAACAUCAACUGUAUAACAUAUUAACAUAAUAUAACUUUCUCUGCAAAAUUCGAAUGUCGCUGAGAACCACCUUUCCAACCAAACACAAUCAUUUAAUUCAUUCCAUUAUCAUAAUGCUAACCACUAGCCGAUCAUUGGCUCGGUGGGUACGUAUGUUAUUCAUACCUGUAACCAAGGUUAGGAUCAUACAUCUUUCCACGGAUCACUGGUCCAACCCCUGGUUGGCAAGGGCCAUCUACCACCACGCUGUGAUAAACAAACAAGAAACAACCAACAAACAACCACAUGGUAGUGAGGGCGGAAGCUGUUACCAAUCUGGAUAAUUAAGAUGGUUGCUUGGCCUGCAAAAUGCCUAUUUAAACUGUCAAUACCUCUUUGCCCUAAACCUCCACCCACUAUUCUAAGACCUCCUUAAUACUUACUUCUAUACACACCCCUCACUCUCACUGUUGUCACUGUUCUGUCUAGGCCUUGCCUGAGUCCUCAGGGUCUGGCUGGAAGUCUUGUGUUACAACUUUAGUGGGCCAAAGCAAGAAUAGAUGCAAAGAAUGCAGGAACUAAUUCAACAGAAUUACUACAAGGCAUCUAUAUACCACCAGAAGUUUUGAAUAAAUAUUUGCAAGGCUGCUUAGGUAGAACCCAAGUCAACUAUAAAUAUAUAAGCCUAAACUAUGCAAAACAAAAAACAAAAAAACCCAACAGGCAAACACCUAAAACCCUCAAAGACAAAGCAGCUUGAUAGCAGAGAUAUAAUAUGUGCAGUAUAUAGGAUCCUUUGUGGAUUAAUGAGAAAAAGAUAAACUAGGAAAAUAGCCUUACAUCAAAUUAAAAACAUGACAUUUGAUGCUGCAAUCUAAAAUACAAUGAAGACAUCAGAUACUGGAAACAAAUCUAAACAUGAUGUCAGAGUCAUGAGCAGAGGAAAAGAUAAGGGUCAUAGAGUGACUGAGAGAGUGGGUGCUGUGUGGGUGCUGUAUGUGUGAAGGUGCUGUAUGUGUGUGCUGUAUGUGUGUGCUGUGUGUGUGGGUGCUGUAUGUGUGUGUGUGCUGUAUGUGUGUGGUGUAUGUGUGUGAGGGUGCUAUGUGUGUGUGUGUGGGUGCUGUGUGUGUGUGUGGGUGCUGUAUGUGUGUGUGGGGGGGGGUGCUGUAUGUGUGUGCUGUGUGUGGGUGCUGUGUGUGUGUGGGUGCUUUGUUUGUGUGCUGUAUGUGUGAAGGUGCUGUAUGUGUGUGCUGUAUGUGUGUGAGGGUGCUGUAUGUGUGUGGGUGCUGUAUGUGUGUGCUGUAUGUGUGUGCUGUAUGUGUGUGGUUGCUGUAUGUGUGAAGGUGCUGUGUGUGUGUGCUGUAUGUGUGUGUGCUGUAUGUGUGUGUGUGCUGUAUGUGUGAAGGUGUUGUGUGUGUGUGCACUGUGUGUGUGGUGUAUGUGUGUGAGGGUGCUGUGUGUGUGUGUGCGCUGUGUGUGUGGGUGCUGUAUGUGUGUGUUUGCUGUAUGAGUGUGUGAGCUGUGUGUGGGUGGGUGCUGUGUGUGCUGUAUGUGUGUGGUGUAUGUGUGUGAGUGUGCUGUAUGUGUGUGUGGGUGCUGUGUGUGGGUGGGUGCUGAGUGUGCUGUGUGGGUGUGGGUGCUGUAUGUGUUGGGAUGUUGCAGCAGAACGUUCUCCUCGGCGUCUCCAGACUCUGUCACGUCUGUCACAUGUGCUCAGUGUGAACCUGCUUUCAUCUGUGAAGAGCACAGGGCGCCAGUGGCGAAUUUGCCAAUCUUGGUGUUCUCUGGCAAAUGCCAAACGUCCUGCACGGUGUUGGGCUGUAAGCACAACCCCCACCUGUUGCCAUCGGGCCCUCAUACCACCCUCAAGGAGUCUGUUUCUGAACGUUUGAGCAGACACAUGCACAUUUGUGGCCUGCUGGAGGUCAUUUUGCAGGGCUCUGGCAGUGCUCCUCCUGUUCCUCCUUGCACAAAGGCAGAGGUAGCGGUCCUGCUGCUGGGUUGUUGCCCUCCUACGGCCUCCUCCACGUAUCCUGAUGUACUGGCCUGUCCCAUGGUACUGCCUCCAUGCUCUGGACACUACGCUGACAGACACAGCAAACCUUCUUGCCACAGCUCGCAUUGAUGUGCCAUCCUGGAUGAGCUGCACUACCUGAGCCACUUGUGUGGGUUGUAGACUCCGUCUCAUGCUACCACUAGAGUGAAAGCACCGCCAGCAUUCAAAAGUGACCAAAACAUCAGCCAGGAAGCAUAGGAACUGAGAAGUGGUCUGUGGUCACCACCUGCAGAACCACUCCUUUAUUGGGGGUGUCUUGCUAAUUGCCUAUAAUUUCCACCUGUUGUCUAUCCCAUUUGCACAACAGCAUGUGAAAUUGAUUGUCACUCUGUGUUGCUUCCUAAGUGGACAGUUUGAUUUCACAGAAGUGUGAUUGACUUGGAGUUACAUUGUGUUGUUUAAGUGUUCCCUUUAUUUUUUUGAGUUGUGUACUUUCAUUAGUCCCUGGCCUUAUCUUAUAGUUAGGCUAGCCUUAUGCCUAUCCCACACAUGCUUAAACUCCUUUACUGUGUUAACCUCUACCACUUCAGCUGGAAGGCUAUCUCAGUAAAGUAAUACUUCCUGAUAUUAUGUUUAAACCUUUGCCCCUCUAAUUUAAGACUAUGUCCUCUUGUUGUGGUAGUUUUUCUUCUUUAAAUAUAGUCUCCUCCUUUACCGUGUUGAUUCCCUUUAUGUAUUUAAAUGUUUUUAUCAUAUCAUAGUUACAUAUCUUGGCACUAAAUUAUUAGAUUUACUUAUUAAGUAUUUCAACAACAAAAUGACUUUCUUUCACAAAUUUUGUCCUACUUUCUAUUAUGUAAAAUACAAUGGGGAUUUUUUUCAUAGACCUCAGCUGUGCAGGAAGUAUUAUAAACUGAGUAGUCACUGUGGAAACCAAUGUAUUUUUCCUUGUUUAGAACUUUCUCACAAGUACCUCUUUAUAAAUAAGCAUAACAAGUUGAAGGUAAACGUUUCCAUCUCUUUGGAAACAAAUGACUUCACCAACUUUGUUUGCUUUGAAUGAGAGUUCUUUAAUUCCUCAUGAUUUCUUUGUGUUUUUUUUUUAGAUAUGACCCUCGUUUCAACACAUGGCUUCAUCUUGCAAAUAUGAACCAGAAACGUACCCACUUUAGCUUGAAUGUAUUCAGUGGCCUUCUUUAUGCAAUUGGAGGUCGCAAUACUGAUGGGUGUUUAGCCUCCAUUGAGUGUUAUGUGCCUUCAACUAACCAGUGGCAAGUAAAAGCUCCACUGGAAGUGGCAAGGUGCUGUCAUUCCAGCUCAGUAAUUGAUGGUAAAAUUUUGGUCACAGGUGGAUACAUAAAUAAUGCAUAUUCUCGCUCUGUGUGUAUGUACGACCCAUCUAAUGAUAGCUGGCAAGAUAAGCAAAGUCUCAGUACACCCAGAGGAUGGCAUUGUUCUGUAUCACUUGGCGACAGAGUGUAUGUGAUGGGUGGUAGCCAACUUGGUGGUCGGGGCGAGAGAGUUGACGUACUUCCAGUUGAGUGUUACAACCCUCACACAGGUCAGUGGAGCUAUGUAGCCCCUCUUCAGAAUGGAGUGAGUACAGCUGGUGCUUCAACACUCAAUGGAAAGAUAUAUAUUGCAGGAGGCUGGAAUGAAGUGGAAAAGAAAUACAAGAAAUGCAUUCAAAGCUAUAGUCCUGAUCUCAAUGAAUGGACUGAGGAAGACGAAUUGCCGGAGGCUACCGUGGGAGUCUCUUGUUGUACCAUUACUAUGCCCAAUUUUAAAACACGGGAAUCCAGAGCAAGCUCAGUGUCUUCAGUACCAGUCAGUAUAUAAAUGACACUGUUCCAUGUAGAUAGCAUUAAAUUCUUAGUGCCGUGACAUUAUGCCACUGUUAUAAAAGAAAAAAAAAAUCUACUUUUAAGUACCUAUUCAAUUUUUCCCCCCGUAUAUUAAAUUGUUAUUGCAUUAUGAUGACCUUGUCCUAUUGCAGAAAACACUACAGGAAAUUUAUGACAUGGAGAACUGGAGUGUGAAUUUUUGUACUGUCAGUCACUGAGAGAAUUACAUAAUAUGUUUGAGUAUCAGUUCAACCAUGCACUUCUAUCAUAUAUGCAAUAAUGGUUUCUCUUGGCCACCGAAUAUGCUUAUCAGGAACAUUACAGAUCUCACAUCUCAUAAAAAAAAAAAAAAAGAUGUAACUUCCAAUCUACUUUGAAAAAUGAAUCUGUAAAAAAUGUAGGUGUAUAUAUAUAUAUAUAUAUAUAUAUAUAUAUAUAUUAAAUUGGACAUUGAUCUGCCAUAGGAAAAAAUAAGCCAUUACCUCUUUAAACCAUCAUUCGAUAACAGCCUAUCUAACAAAGUCAGAAAUGUUUCCAGUGAGUCAUUGUGAAAUGGCUUUUUUUCUGGCAAUAUAGGACAGGGAUUUAAAUAAACAAAGACAAAUAUAGAUUUCAUAGCAAUGAAAACUGCCAGGGCAAGCACAAUUUUAUAAGAUGAUGUAAAAUCCUUUUAGUGUGUGAAAUUGAAUUUCUCAUUAAUUAUUUCAAAUAGUGUUUUAGUCUCUAUUUGAAAAAUGACUCUAUGAAAGAAAAAGAUUUUCUAAUUUAUAAAUUGUCUGUUUUAAUGGACAAUUACACAAAACUGACUGCUGGUCUGAUAUAGUAUUUGUUAAAAUUACAAAACAGCCAAGACACUUAAGGAUUUUUGCUUCCCAUUUUGCUUGAAGUUUUUAAUUAAUUAUCCUAAAUAUAGAAUAUUGCCUUCAUAUAUUUUAGUCAUUUUAUUAUACUUAAUCCAUAAUAUUACAACAUAUAUGUUAUGUAGCAAAAAGCAAAGGAAGGAUGAUUUUUUGUAGUUUCACUUCAUAUUUGGUAGGCGAUUACUCGUGCAGAGAAAAACAUUAUUUAUGACUUAUAAAAUGUAAAGAUAAAUUGAAAAUUUGCAGUAAAAUUGGUUUGGUAACAAUGUUUGGUUUGUACCAGGGAUCCACAAGAAAGAAUACAAAAGAUACAAUGGAAAUAUAAGAUUCAAUAAGGUAAAUGCAUAGCCAUGAUGAUAUAGGGUUUUUUAUUUUACUAAAUUAGGAAUUGUGGAAAAUGGACAAGGAAGUUGCAUAUUUUAGGCCUACCUAAACACAUCUGAAAAAAACAAAUCUCUCCACUCUAGUUUGUUUAUGCCCUGGGGCCCCCAAAUAUAAUUAGCCAAACCACUUUAGAAUGGUAUGCCUGAUGUCACUGAUGCUUUUAGCCAGCACAGGGUAGCUAGUAGAUGCCCCAAAACAGGUGCUUUCAAUUGUUCUUAUUGCUGAGGUUGGUUUCAGGUAAGAAGUAAAACAGUUUUCUUUGGUUUCAUUACUCACUCAUUAUGGUUUCAUCACUCACAUUUGUGUGAGUGCAACACCACUGCAAUGUAUUAAAUAGUGUUCUUGGAGUGUUCCUUCUAAAGAAUCAUAGACAAGCGUAAAUAUAGUGAUGGCAGAUGAACCAACUAGCAUGUCCUUGAUUCAUUGUUCUGCAGUCGAGCAGUUUUAAACACAACCUAGCUUUUUUUAACCUCCUCUAGCAUAUAUACGCCUGUGUAACAUUUUCUUCAAAUAUUUCCUCGCAAGUUACUCUAUGUACUGUUUUCAGGUACUGGUUUAAUACACAGACUGUGCUAUUGAGGUUCAUUUUCUACAGGUAGAGUUACAUUGUCUAGACAUAACAAAAUACAAAAUAACAUAGAUUAUACAUUUUAUUCACUACUAUAACUUUAGAUGCUUAAAUGUACGGAAGUAGAUUUUUUUUUUUAAUUUGUACAGUGGUUUAAUAUUAUUAACAUUAGCAAAUAUGGGGCACCAACUGUGAAUCUGCUGUGAAAACAUGGUGUGCAGGUGUGACAUAAAUCAGUAUAGAGGCAAUAAAAUAGUACAUUGUGAUGUAACGGGAGUGCAAAUGUGCAAAAUGGUGGUGUAAAUGAAGUACAAGCCUUCUGUAAAUGGACAUACAUUUGAUCUUAACAGGUUUGUAUAGUGCGAAUUGCUAGUAAUAUAACAUGAUUUGGUCCAAACGUAUAAACAGUUGCAAAUGUGGAGUGAGUUCAUAACUUGUGGAUUGCUUAAAAUGUGAUGAUAAUAAAGGGAACAAAAAUAAAGCUCAUUCAUUGCUAACAUUACCAUUUUAGUGCAUGCCCAUUUCACUUUUACUCAUUGAAACAGUAGUCAUGUCUCUCUGUUCUCUUUGAUAAGUGUAAGCCACCAUACCCAAGUAACAAAUUGAAUACUAACUCUUUCUUGUCAGUGUGCCCGAAUCAUCAUGAUACCAUAGGUUAUUGGAUUUGCUUAAACACCUUGGUAAAAUAUUGUAUCAAUAAGGAAACCAGGAUAAAAGUAGAUGUAGCAAAUGGUGGCAUAUUAGAGUUCACAACAAUUCCCACCCCAGUAAAUAAAAAGCGAGACAUUUGCUAGAAUGUAGAAUGCAGUGGAAGUAAAUAUCAAACACACUUCUUUACAUUGAGCUUCUGGUUGAUAGGGGCGAUUGGUAGGGUCAUGGUUUUUAAAAGAUCUACUUUUCUGUAUUUACUGAGCAUUAUUUCCCAAGAUUCUCUGAUUGUGCACAUGUGGUCAUAGGCUAAAAGUAGGUAAUCAUGUGAUGUUUCGAAUUUGCAUACCAGUAUAUACCAGGGAUUUGCACACAAAUUAAAUUUAAAAAAAAAGGCAAAACAAAUAACUUUUAGUCUUAGAAUGUGUCCAUGUCUCUUAAGUCACUAUUAGUUUUAAGUCACCCAGUGUAGUCAAAUCAAGGAAUCCUUGUCAGAAGAAUGUACAGUGAUGAAGAACUCACCAAUUUUACAUUUAUGUGUAGUUAAAAUUGUGAAAUCAUUUGUGUUAGUCCUGUGGAUCAAUUUGCAUAUUCCCUCCAUAUUAAUUCUCAAAUGCCAGGUUUUUGUUACCAAAACUCCUAUUCAGUCACAUGUACUUGUGAUAGCUAAAGCAACACUGUGUUCUUUGUAACUACAUUUGGACACACUAAAGAUGCCUUGUGUGUUGAUAACUAGGCAGUUUUUCACUCCUGUGAUAGAAACUAUGCCAGUUCUCUAUUCCACAGAGGGUAGGGACUAAUGUGUAGCACACAAGACCCAUACGAUAACAAUUAAACUGGCGUACUCUGCCUCACUAUAGUUAAUAAUGUCCAUCUAAAUAUGUUUUAAAGCAUCUUUAAUAUUCAUAAAGAUUCUUCCCAGUACACGUAAGAGUCAAAGAAUGGAGCCUUUGAGUUGUGAUCAGAUUUUAUAACUUUUCUUUUUUUAUUCUGUUAUUUUAUAUACAUUUUCCAGAAACUUUAGUUUUACAUUUUAUAAAAUAUCUUGUGUUCUUUAGUUAUUUAUCACAAAGGACACAGUAGAUUGUCCCACAAAAAUGUAAACGUUAUCAAGUGUUUCUAAGUCCCUCCGACAAUUAACAACAAUUUGCUAUUCAUGCUAGUCAUGCUAUUUUCUAUUUACUAAAUUAUGUAUCAGACAGUUGGGCAUUUAUAGACUGUUCUGAAUGAGCACAUUGUUAAUUGUUUAUGGGUCAGAUUUUGUAAAAAUAUUGACAGAAAAGGUUGGGUUAAAUGUUACAUCUCAAAGUUAAAACCAUUGUUGAAGAAUGUCCCUUUUUGUAUAAGAUGACAGUAACCUCUUUUCUUAAGGAGGUUGUUCCUUUGUCCUAAGAAUGUAUGUAGGUUUGCAUUCUAAAUGGUAUUACAGUAUAACCAUGCAUAUCAUCAUCUUCACAUACACAUGCAUAUGCAUUUUAAGUGAUGAGCAACAGUACAUACACUGGAAAUAGCUGGAAUAUUGUCAAUGUCUGAGCAAUUAAAUAGCAUUUAGAUAUUUUUAUCUUGUGGAACGGUUUCAAGACUUAAAUAGGACAUUUGGCCACGUGCCUGUUGAUGUCAUUUGCUAUGAUUGAUCCUGAAUCCUUAGAGAAUUAAUAGUGUUGGCUUUGGAAUGUCCUUUAAUGUGUCAGAGGGUAUAGAUGUGUAGCAGUAUAUAAAUGGUAAGAGGAAGAAAAAAUUAAAGCAUAGUUAAGAGAAUGAUUGCUCACUGUCCACAUUAGUAUGCGCACAUCUAUAUAAUGGACAAGAGCAAUGCAAAAUAUAUUUGGCUUUAGUUGUAAAACUGACAAAAAGAAUGUUAAAAGCUUGAAGUGCAUUCAGCUUAGCUUGAUAGGAAGUUAAAACAAAAUGUUGGGCAAUGCCCAACUGUGGAAUGUCAAGGCUUCACAUUUAGCAGAAGAUAGUAACUAGACUGCUAUAGAAACAUUACGUUUAGGAACUGUGGGCAAAUUUCUCAGGAGUAAUUUUAUACUAAUUAAUAUCUUAUCCAGAUUAAACUGAAAGGAAAAUACAUUACAAAUGUAUUACAUUGCAAUAAGUAAAACAAUAUUUUUCUUUUGAUAAACAAUUACACUAUUGGCUGGCGCAAAGCCAAAUGGACCUCCAUGUUCAUUUUCUCAUCUUCGUCAGAGGGAGGGGAAUAUGUUUUCAAUGAUGUUUGUUCAGGUGGGGAUAUUUAGUAAUUCUCAGGCAUCUUAUGUAACUGAAUCCAGGAUUUUAACUAAUAACGCCAUUAGGUAAUUAUUUAAAUGGAACACCGGCUUCUACAUAUUCAUGUUUUAGUAAAAAAAAAAAAAAAAAGAAACGAGAGAGGGAAUUACACAUUUUUGAACCGUGUAACAAAAUAAGUAAUGUUACGUAGUUACUAUUGGGUUAGAAAUUUAGAGAAAAAGAAAAUGUGUGAUUUUUUUUUAAUAAAGUAAAUUUACAUGAUAAAUAUAUAACAAAGCAAUGAGGAUUGCAAUAGCUAAUCUAUUAUGUAAUAAUCUUCUCUGGAAUCUAUCUUUAAAAAAAUGGAUUUUGAUCUUUUUGUGUCAUUUUAUAUGUUAAUUUCCAUUUAAAAAAAUAAAUAAAUUGAGUUUUAAUGUACACAAAAGCCCCCAUGGGUAAACUAUAGUUUGAUCUUGGUCUGAAGAUAAUGAGAUAGUUCUUAAACAAAUAGACAAAGAAGCAUUGCAUUUGUGGAGUAUACAUAAGAUAAAUAUCUGGAGGAACUGUAACAUAUGAAAAUGGAGGUGGUUCUUAUAUUAUAAUUGUAACUUAUUCAUAAAAAUAAAAAGGAAAUCUUUCAGUUAAAGUGUAUAAUUUUGUGUGUGUUUUUUUAGUUGAAAUAAAUAACCUAAUUAGCCUAAUUACUGAUCUUAAAGAGAAGAUGUAUAGUUUCAUAUUACAGCAAGGGCCAGCACAACCGUUAGACUAGGCAUUCGCAUAGGGCGCCGGCCUGCUGGGGGCACCCACCAGAAUAUUUCCUGGUGGACAGCCUGCCCCUGUCUGGGGCUGCAGGGCUGGGCGAGCAG